CGCAGCAAAAAUCAACACCGGGCGCCGGGUUCUGCGCAGCGCCAUGUCCAGGCGACUUCUCUUCCUCCUGGCAGGAGCCUUGCUAACCUGGGUACCUUGGACGGCUCUUGCAGCUGGCGAGGACGGCACCUGUUCCGCAGAGGAUGCAGCGGAAGGUGGCUGCCGUAUGGCGGACCAGUUGGAGGAGCAGUUGGAGUCCGAAUUGGAUGGAGUGGCCAAGGAUAUUCAGCAGAUGUGCCCCUUGUACGAGUCGAGGAUGACGCCUGUGGUGCUCUGGCUCCUGGGCAUCCUGAAGCGGAGCACUGGGACCAUGUCGAUGCUGUCGCUAUGGCCUUCAGGUGUGCACCCUGAGACCUUUGCAGAUGAGUACACAGCUUCUGUCAUGACCAUCAUUGGGCGAGUGCUGUUGGGUAUGUACAAGACCAGGGACAAGUCCUACGUGAACAUGCCCACCGAGAUGUUGUCAGCUGACGACAUCCUGAAGGUGGAAAAUAUCCAUGCACCUCACUACGACGUGGAUGGCAACCCCAACUUCUACUGGUUUGAGGCCGCAGUGCCGAAGUUCGCCUUGAGGAGACUCUACGUGCCGUUGAUGACUUGUUUCUACAGCGCUCUGCGGAAGCUGAACGUCGAGAACCACUCCCUCUCAGGGAGCUUCGAUGAUGCUUUGAAUGAUCCAAAGCACAACACCUGGGAAGCUGGGAAGCUGUACUUUCUGAAGGGCAGAGCAUGCGAGAUUGGGUGCGCAGGGGAUGAGCGACACGUCAUGAGCUUCUACGACAUUGCCCAUACCUGGGAUGGUGGCCCGGAGCGGUACUCCCUUGUGGCCCAAGCAGAUGACAGACUUCAGUGUGUACUUCAAGAAGGUACCAAUGCUGCUGGAGAUGUCUCUUCCGAUGCUUCUGCAUUUCUGAAAGCCUUCCUCAAGCAUCCUUGCAGUGUCUCGCCGAAAGGUGACCCUGAACAUGUCCGCCCUUGGCAGCUGCGGGGGGCUGGCAUGACCGAACGGAAGCGUGUGGCCCAAGAAUUCAGGCGCAAUUUGGCCCAGAUGAGCGCGCAGAUGUCCUUUUCAGCGCCGCCCCUGUCGGCAUAUCGAAGAGGCUUGAGCGCCUUGAGUCGACGUACUUCUGAGGAAGAGGAGUGGGACGCCUCCGGCUCGGCAGUUCCGAACAUGCUGAAACUCGAGGUCACCACAGCUUCAGGCCAAAGUUUGCCCCAGAACGUGUUGUUGGACCUUGCCGUCGUUUCAGCCCGUCUGGCACGGAUCUCGCUGGCUGCAUACUCCAAAGGACUUUAUGGUAUCGUGAUGCCGGCCAGGGCAUUCUUCACCAGAGCGUGUUGUCUUCUCUCGAGACAUGCGGCCUUUGAAGAGAUGAGUGGGAUCAGUCGUGAGGACAUCUUGGAUGCGGAAGUGGUGGCGGAAGCCUUCCAACCCGUCUACUGGAUCCUCCGCGACCGGCGGCUGAAGUCGUUGGUCAUCGCUGUGAGAGGCACCUUCAGCAUGUCCGACAUCAUCUCGGACGUGUAUGCCAGCCAGACGGAGCACGAAGGCCACGUGCUGCACGGUGGCAUUCUGCACGGUGCACGCUGGAUCUACGACAAGGUGCUGCCACACCUGCGAGAAGGUGAGCACGUGGUCAUCACCGGCCACAGCCUCGGAGGUGCCAUCGCCGCAGUGUUGGCAUGGCUGUUGCGCGACGUCGCCGGCUUUACAAAUGCCUUUGCAGUGGUCUUUGGGGUGCCACAGGUGGUGGAUGAGUCCCUUGCAAAGAAGAUGCAGCGAUAUGUGGUGGGUUUCAUUCACGGCUACGACCUCGUUCCUCAGCUCUCCCAGAAGUCCGUUCAGGACUUCACCGAGGAGAUUAAGGAUGCAGCUCAGACGCCGGAGGAACGCUUGGCAAAGUUGGAGCGCGUCCUGCAGGAUUUCGCCCUGCCCUCGAGCCCUGAGCGCCUGCACCGUGUGCUGCUGCGGGGCCGUGGCAUGGUGUCGCUGCGGCAGACGGAAUCGCCGGGCGGCAGCGAUUUUUCGGACGCCGUGGCUGAUGUGGGACAGUUGCCGCCCAUCGUCAUGCAAAACCCAGGAUGGCAAAUCCAUUUGCGGCGUCGAAGCAACGUUCGUCAUGCGGACAAAGUGCCGAUCCUUUGGAAGCGUUCCAUGAAGCAUUUCAUCAUCGCAGUGUCCAGUGCCAAAGCGCAUCGGAAGAUUCAGCCGGCCUUCACCAUGUGGCAAGAUCACUGGCCCCAGGGAUAUUUGUAUGUGCUGGAAACCUUCGCGGAGCGCCUGACAGAUGCAGCUGGCGUCAGCACUGACACAGCGCAGCCAGAUCUUGCAGAAGCGCUCGAGAGCGUUGCAUCAGCUCUGGAUGACCUCAGUGUGCUCAGCCUGGAUGAAUGGGAAGAUCAGUUGGAAUACGCCAUUGCCUUUCACUUGAUUGGAGCGCACAGGCUUGAAAGUGGUCAGUGGAGCUUCGAUGUGCCCCAGGGCUCCGUAACCUUGCCGUUCAGGAUCGCAUUGAACAUGCUCAGUGGCUUUAAGGUGCGUGAAAACUUCGGGAAGUACGGCGUGGAUUUGCACCUGGACGCGGUGCAACGGAAAGAUGGGGAUGGAUCUCAAGUCACUGGGGUCGUGCGGGGUGACAAGGAGUGGCAGUACUGGAAGUUUGUUUGGCGAAGUACCUUGGUCACAGGCGUCACACUGACGGACCAUCUUCACUUUACGCAUUUUAGGACGGGUAACCUCAUGGCUCGAGCCGUGCGAGUGGCCUUAGAGGGUUCCAAUCCCCUGCGGCGAGUCUUCUCCAUUUUCACUUUUGGCACUAUCUUUGUGAACGUGCAGGCGGUGCAUGUGCUUUGUGGUCCCAACCACUUGCUUCACCGUGCCACACCCUUCAGCGACUUCGUGAAGCUCAGUCACAAGGUGCCGGAGAUCUUGCAGGACAUCACGGAAGCCACACCUAUUCGUGCUAUCACUGAAGAUGCUGAAUUCGAGAAGCUUCACCCCAAGUUGAAGCAGUUGCCGUUCUACGCCGAUGGGCGCCUCUUAUUUGCCGCCAUCCAGAAGUGCCCUGGCGAAGUUGGCCAAGCGGAGGCUGAGGUGGGACCUGAGUGA